CGUUUACAUAAAAUUUUAAAAUUUGAUUACUCACAAAAGUACUGACGUAUACAUUUCACAUGCUGGCACAAAUUACAGUUCCAUCCCCAGAAAAACUCAACUUACCAUCUCCUCCCUCCUCCAUGAAAAGUCCCCCUGUUUGUUACAAUUUCAUCAGCACCACCAAAAUUCCCCUCUUUUCCCCUUCAAACAUCAAAACCCUAGAUCCAGAUCCCUGUCAAUCUAAUUCAAUUUCCAAUACAUAAAGUACGCUCUUCGAAAUUUCCCUGAAAAUUUCAUUUUUUUUGUUUAUUUUUUAGGGUUUCCCUUAAUUUAGGAGAAUUCGAAGAAAAUGUCGUCUACGAGCCAAUCUGAUUUCGAUUACCUUUUCAAAUUGUUGCUGAUUGGGGAUUCGGGAGUUGGUAAAAGCAGCCUCUUGUUGAGCUUCACUUCUGAUUCCUUUGAAGAACUCUCUCCUACGAUCGGUGUGGACUUUAAGAUUAAGAUGGUUACAAUGGGAGGGAAAAGAUUGAAACUUGCAAUCUGGGACACAGCUGGUCAGGAGAGAUUCAGAACAUUAACAAGCUCAUAUUAUAGAGGAGCACAAGGCAUCAUAAUGGUUUAUGACGUAACAAGAAGAGACACAUUUACAAAUCUGGCCGACAUAUGGGCCAAGGAAAUAGAACUGUAUUCAACUAAUCAAGACUGCAUCAAGAUGCUAGUUGGAAACAAAGUUGAUAAGGAAAGUGGAAGAGCUGUCACGAAGAAAGAGGGUAUUGAUUUAGCUAGACAAUUUGGUUGCCUAUUCCUAGAAUGUAGUGCGAGAACUCGAGUAAAUGUAGAAAAGUGCUUUGAGGAGCUUGUCUUAAAGAUAUUGGAAGCACCAAGCCUCUUGGCUGAUGGGUCGACAGGCGUGAAGAAGAACAUCUUUAAGCAGAAUCCUACACAAGACGCCGAUGCUCCAGUUAGUACUUCGUACUCGAGUGAUGACGAUAAGCCUCCGAUGAUGCAGAAGCCAUCGGAUCCCGGCGCCGUUUUCAGCGGCGGUGGAAUUAGUUUUAUUACUGGCAAUAAAAAUGGGAGGUUUAGCUAUGGAUAUUCCACCUUUAAGGGUAAAAGGGCUUCAAUGGAAGAUUUCUAUGAAACAAGGAUAUCUGAAGUUGAUGGCCAGAUGGUUGCAUUUUUUGGCGUCUUUGAUGGUCAUGGAGGUUCCAGAACUGCAGAAUAUCUGAAAAACAACCUAUUCAACAACUUGAGCAGUCAUCCAGACUUCAUUAAAGACACUAAGUCAGCUAUUGUUGAAGCUUUCAGACAGACAGAUACUGAUUAUCUUAAUGAGGAAAAAGGUCAGCAAAAGGAUGCUGGUUCAACUGCAUCAACAGCUGUUUUGGUAGGGGAUCGGCUUUUUGUGGCAAAUGUUGGAGAUUCUAGAGCGGUUGCAUGCAGAGCUGGCCUAGCAAUUCCUUUGUCUAUUGAUCACAAACCAGAAAGGUCUGAUGAGCGUGAACGAAUUGAAAGUGCCGGAGGAUUCAUUCUUUGGGCAGGUACUUGGCGAGUAGGCGGUGUUCUUGCUGUUUCUCGUGCAUUUGGAGAUAAAUUGCUCAAGCCCUAUGUUUCUGCAGAACCAGAGAUUCAGGAAGAGAAGAUAGAAGGUUUUGACUUUCUGAUUAUCGCCAGUGAUGGAAUUUGGAAUGUUCUAUCUAAUAAGGAUGCUGUGGCCAUAGUGCAUGGAAUAUCUGAUGCUGAAGUGGCGUCAAGAAAGCUUAUAGAAGAGGCUUUUGCCCGAGGAAGCAAUGAUAACAUCACUUGCGUUGUUGUUCGGUUUGAGAAGCCUUGAAUAAUUGAUAUAUGAUACCUGCAGCAUCCAGAGAGACGAUAUUUUUCUUGAAGAAGACUAGUUGAAGCUUGUUCUCACUGAGGUCACAUUCAUGAUUUCUGCAUCCAAAAUCAAUGGCCAUCUCUCUUAUCAAUUGAUUAUUAUACUAACUAGAUUUGCAGACUAUAGUGUGCUCUAGUACACUUUCUCUUGUUGCUAAAUUUUACUGUAGUAUUUGAAAGGAGCCAUCAAAUGUGAAUCUAGGUAUAUUAUGUACUUUGAUACUAAUCUUUUUUUGGUUCAUUGUUGAACAGAGUGGAACUUUAUUUUUCUUUUUUGGAAAAAAAGUUGUGGGAGUGCGAAUGAACUGGUAACCUUUAUUAAAUUGCUAGUUUUUUUUUCU